UCCCGAGGUACUGAAGGGGGCCUGGGAAGGGCUCCUGAGGGGUGGGGGUGCUGAGGGCUUCAGGAUCGGGGAGCCCUGAGUGGCCCAGGGGGGUUCCUGAAGGUCUGGGGUGGUUCUGAGGGUAUCAGUCGCUGGAACACCCCUAUUCCCAUUACCUGAUAUUCUCUCCCGCAGGCCAUGAGUGGCGCCGGGGGCUCGGAGCGGCCGGAGGAGCGGCAGCGCGUUGUCUCCCCGAUUCUAGCUCUGGGGCAGGAAGGUGUCCUGCAGGAGCUGCUGCUCGGUGCGGGGCACUCCCCAGACCCUGGGAUCAGCAAGGAGCAGCAGCAGGCCCGGGAGGAAUGGGAGGCUCUGGAAGAGAUCCAGUCAGGGGAGGGUCCGGGCUCCGCGGCACCGGGGCAUCCUGGCUGCCCUGCUCCACUGCCUCUGCGGGCCUCCCCGCCUCCAGCCACAGCUCCGGGAAGAACAGGAGCUAGUGCUGGCCAUGGCACACUCCAACUGGGUGUUGGCUCCCUCCCUGCAGGCGCCCUGGAUGACUCAGUGCAGGUGCACAUGCGGAUCCUGCAGACCAUCUACCAGCAGCUGACACGCUCCAGGCUGGGCUGCCCGCGCUAUGGAGCACACUGGGAAGAGCUGGGCUUCCAGGGUGCAGAUCCCGGGACUGACCUACGUGGCACGGGAAUGCUGGGGCUGAUGCAGAUCCUGUUCUUUGUCCUGGAUUCCCGGAUGCUGCCACUGGCACAGGAGAUUUUCCAACUCUCCCAGCAUGAAACCCAGAAUUUUCCCUUCUGCGUCAUGUCUGUGAACAUCACCCGGAUCGUCAUCCAGGCGCUGCAGGAGGAGCAGCUCUCCCGGGAGUGCAACCGGCGGCAGCAGGUGAUCGGGGUCCUGAACGACCUGUACGCCGCUGCCUUCCUGCAACUCUCCUGCCUCUGGAAGCAGCAGCACGGCACCAUCACCAACGCUGGCUUCUUCCUCAAGGAACUGGAAUCAUCCACCAAAAAGAAGCCAAGGCAGCUGCUGAAAUCCCUGGAAGCUUACCUGAGCUGUGGCCUUCGGCCUCCCUCCCCUCAUUCCUCACAGAUCCACUUCACCAGCAUUAGUGACCCUGGGGUGGAGCUGGAGGGAGAUUCCCAAGUGAUCUGACACAGAAUGGGAUGCUACAUAGGGAAUUCUGCUGGUGGAUCAGCCCUUGGAGACACACUGGUGUUCCCCCUGGUUUGGGGCUUGGGAAGGGCCAGGAGAGGUCACAGAGCCAGCAUUUUGCCUGCUCCAGGUGGAACUAUCUAGAAGCAAAGGAGGAAGAGGUGGUGGAGCAGGGGCUUCCAUGAGCCACCCAGCAUGGUGCUGAGAUAGUUCCUCUCUCCAUCCCAAAUUCACAGUCCUCGGGUGGAGCUGGAAGGUGGUGCUGGGUUUCUGGAUGCUAUCCUGGCCUCAGCAGUGCUGGAAUGGGUAACCCCCUGCUUUGGGCUGGGACAGACUCCCUAGGGUCCCUAUGGGAUCUUUGCAUUAAAAAAAAAAGUUAUUAAAGUGGGGGAGAUGAGGGAUCUGGUAGAAAAGAGUGUUUUGGAUUUGCCACUGGACUCUUACCUGGGGGAAGGAAAGGUGAACUGGGGGUACCCAGAGUCCACUUUGGGGUGAAAAAGAUGCUGUGGAGGAGAGAAAGGAGGCUUGAGAGUUCUGAGGAGGAGGGGAAGGGUUAUUCCCUCUGGGAGCAGCUCAGAGCCAGUGCUUGGGAAUGUACCCAUGCCCCUAAAAAUGGGGAAGAGCAGCCCCCAAAACCCAAAUCUGGAGAGAAAUGAGGGGUUUGGAGGAGAGAAAUAUGAGCUGACGGGGGAAUCGGGGGUUUGUGGCUCUAGCCAACCUGAGAGGGUGAUGAUUCCUGGGGGCUGGGAAUGCUCCUGGGUGGAAAAAAAAUAAAUA